CCCAGUUAAUCUUUUACCAGAAAGAGUUAAAGGUGCUUGCAGAAUCAGCAGCCCCCUCUAAUGUUUUAGCAAGUAGUUUAAGGCUUUUAGGAUGCCUUUAUCUCUAAUGUUCUUGAGAGGUUUUUAAGCUGAAUAUUUUCAUUGUUUGAUUUUCAUAGUUUAAUGUAUGGUGACAUGCAGAGUGUGCUUAUCACAGCACUGCAAAACAGGACUCCAUUAAUGUCAAUAAUAAUCUGCUUUCUAGAUUCUUUGUGGGGAAAUGUGUAGGACAGUUGUGAGUCUGUCUUGAAGGCAAUGCUAUUUUUUUAGUCUGGUACAGGAGGAACCACAGACCCCAGUGAAUGCAGGUCCCAGCAGCAGUGGAGAUCCUUCUUCAUCCAGUUCAACACAGAACUCUGUAGUACCAGAACUGCCAGGAUUUUAUUAUGACUCAGAAAAGAACCGCUAUUUUCGCCUGCUGCCUGGACAUAAUAACUACAACCCACUCACCAAGGAGAGCAUUCAGUGCAAGGUGAUGGAAUGCAAAAGACUGAGACUCUUAGAAGAGGAAGAAAAACAAAAGAAGAAAACAACAAAGGCUGGACUGAACUCAUCUGUGCUGUUACAGAAAAGGCAGCUGGGUUUGCUCAGCUCCACAAGUUAUUGCAGGCUAGUCCAUGAACUAAAAGUGAACUGCAUGCAGAGGAGGAAGAUAGAAAUUCACAGUCCGGAUUCCUCAGUUGCUGGAACCAACAAUUUUAAAAUCAUUGUGGCAGAUGUUGCUUGUGAACGAAUAUUCACUGUGAACGAUGUAGAGCAUGGAGGAUGUAAAUAUGGUAUCAUCAAUCUCAGCGGUUUGGGGAAGGAGUCUCUCACUGUGGAGAUGUAUGACAACCUCUACUUCACAAACCGCAAAGUGAAUUCUGUGUGCUGGGCAUCACUGACUCAUCCAGAUUCUCAUGUUUUGCUGUGUCUCAUGGGAAUUGCAGAAACACCAGGCUGUGCCAGUCUGCUUCCAGCAUCAUUGUUCAGCAGCACUAACCCAGGAGAUCGACCUGGAAUGCUGUGCAGUUUCAAGAUAUCCACUGCCUGGUCCUGUGCUUGGUGCCUGAAUCCCCAAGCAGACAACUGCUUCAGCACAGGCCUGACACGACGAGUUCUUGUGACCAAUGUAGUGACAGGGCAUCGACAGACAUUUGGAACCAGUAGUGAUGUGUUGGCACAACAGUUUGCCAGACAGACCCCAGUCCUUUACAAUGGCUGCCGUUCAGGUGAGAUUUUCAGCAUUGAUGUGCGUCAACGUAACCGAAAGGGACAGAGCUGGAAAGCAAUUCGUCUCUUCCAUGGCUCAGCAGUUACAUCUAUUCACCUUAUGGAGGCUGAACAUUAUCUUAUGGCAGCAGAUAUGGCUGGAAAGAUAAAACUGUGGGACCUGAGAACAACAAAGUGUGUGAAGCAGUACCACGGUCAUCACAAUGAAUAUGCUAUUCUCCCUCUGCAUGUAAAUGAGGAGGAAGGACUUCUUACAGCAGUUGGUCAGGAUUGCUACACCAGAAUUUGGAGUCUCCACGACACCCAUCUGCUUAGAACCAUCCCUUCUCCCCACCCAUCAUCCAAAGAUGCCAUUCCUAGUGUGGUGUUUUCUUCAAGACUUGGGGGUCGCCGAGGAGUUCCUGGCUUACUCAUGGCUGUCAAACAGGACCUCUACCACUUCUCCUAUAUCUGACACAAUAUUCCCCUCAGACCUGGUCUACAAAGCUGCCAGUCUAUACAUGACUUUAAAAGUUUUAUGUCGGUCAUCAAGCUAUUGAGUCAUGUGCUGCUCUUGCAUCUGCUUUACCCAUCUAAUUCUGAACCUCCUUCAGCAGGUUUAGCAAAUCUUGCUGUAUAAAUCUCAGACCUCUUGUAAAUAAAACCUGAAUAUUGAUUAA